AUGGACGCUGAAGUUUCGACGUGUUCAGUUGGGAAAUUCUUCGAAAAUUAUCUUCCCACCCAGGGAGUCCCGUUCAACGCUGUUGUUGAUGAUCUUAAAAAGCAAAAGACACUCGUUUCUCGAGGCCGGUCUUUGGAACAGAAACCGUCCUCAUCCACACAAAGGCCACUGUUCCCUCAGACUUUCAAGUCUCUUAAAACCCUGUUCCGGUCUCGCACCACCACCACCACCCGCGUCAUGAAGACGCUACAAACGAUCGGCAAUGCUGUUCGUAAAGCCCUCGGGAGGGCCACAGACUGCGAGAUCACCGACUACUCCCUCAGAGAAGAGCAUAACAUCCGAGAGAAUGCUCAAGGAUGCCUAACCUCGAACCUGGAGGACCCAUUACACCCCACCGAAGUUGUGGUUCCGAUGACAGUCAUCGCAGACGAUGGUAAUUAUACAUCAUCUGAAGAGGCAAAGGCAAAACUACUGUCCCGUGCCACUGAAAUCAUGAAUGAAGACGCUCGUCGAAGGUUUUGUUUCGGGGUCACUUGUGAACGGUCUGAGGUCACUCUCUGGCGCUUUUCCAGGUCUAUUGUCAUCAAGUCCACGCCUUUUGACAUGACCGAGCAACCAGACCUUUUGCUUCGCCUGUUCGUCGCUCUGUUCACAGCCCCGCCACAUCAGCUAGGAUACGACCCUCUGGUUAACCUGCUCCCCGAUCUCAACUACGUCUACCAGAUCCCGUCUGAUAGUUCCACAACGCCGCUCUACUUCAAAACGGUCCAUCCGAUCUGGGACGUCAAACCGACCUGCCUUGCUGGACGCCGCACGCGUAUCUGGGAAGUCGAACAGGUCCUCUCACCGUCUGAUCCGACUCGAGUUCCAGGCACACCUAACCGGGCUUUGAAGGAUGUCUUCCUGAAUUCGGACACGAGGACCGAAUCCGACAUCCAGGAAGAACUGUUCGCUGAUAUCGCGAAGUUUGGCCGGCACAAGAACUGGCGUUCUCGACCUCUGCUGAAGGAUUUCGCCCAAACCGACCUGGAAGGGCUGGCGGAGGCAUUGGAAGGGGACCUAUUUAAGCAAUACUUUUCGCGCAUAGUCGCGAAGCACGUCGGGGAAGGCGAUGUGCCUGCCCUGGACAAUCCAACGGCCCCUCCGCCGAAGCGCCGUUGUCUCUUCCUGUACGAGCAUGUUUGCACGGCACUGAACAACAUCCCUACACUUGGUGAAGCGGUCGACAUCCUCAAAUCGACUCUCAUCCCUUUGCGUCUGAUGUUCUGCGCGGGCUGGGUUCAUCGAGACGUCAGUCCGGGCAAUGUCCUAGCGUAUCGAGAAUCGCCUACCUCAACAUGGACAGUCAAAUUAUCGGACCUCGAGCACGCGAAACGGUUUCCUGACCCUGGGUCAAUUGGAAGGGACCCAAUCACGGGAACACCUUCCUUUAUCGCGUGUGAAGUACUCGACGGCCGACACUUCUUUCCAUUGAUGGUCGACCCCGACAAGCUCGAUCCCCCCUAUCGCCCUGUACCUGUCCUCCACACCUAUCAGCAUGACCUGGAGUCUAUUUGGUGGAUCCUCUUGUGGCUUGCAACCACCCGAGUCAAUCAAAACCUUCCACGACUAUUCGGACAGACUUAUUUCCAGCAGCGAGUCGAUCUGCAGUUUGCCAGGGCGCGGUGCGUUAUAUUCAGGGAAAGCCUCUCCUUCGAGCCACCUAUAAGGGAAUCACUCCCUGAAUCCCUCCAAACCUCGUUUUACAAGCGCCUCAAUACAUUGCGUAACAACCUAUACGCCACGUACAUCAAUCGCAACUUGGAACGGAAACACCGUGACGUCGAGUCUUUCUCGUGGAUUGUCAGCGAAGGCAUGCGUCUCUUCUUCGACGGUGUCGCCCGCUCCAGGGACAAGUGGAGCGAUACAGAGCUCAUGACUGAUACCGAGCCACGGACAACGUCCGUUGCAGCAGCUAUGCUUCAUCUCCAACCGCCAGCCUCCGAUGCUUCAAAGAAACGUAAAAACGUUGAAGUGGCGGGACGGGCGUCGAAGCGAAUGCGGACACGCCGCGUGUGCGACAACGAGGUCCCUCAGAGGAGAGGACCGACAACAAGGUCGACGACGAGGAACACCUAUCGGGUGACGAGGUCUACCACAAGGUCUCCCUUACGCAUCGAAUCCAGACUGUCCCUAGGUGGGUAG